AUGGAGGAAUUGGCUAGAGAGAGCAUCAGCUUGCUGGCCAAGCCCAGCGGAGAAUGUGGGAGCCCUAGUCUGUCCUCCAUUGGAGCUAUAUUCAUCAUGUUAAAGUCUGCGCUGGGAGCCGGGCUCCUUAACUUCCCCUGGGCAUUCAACAGAGCAGGUGGUAUGCAGACGGCCGUUCUGGUGGAACUGGGUUCCUUGGUCUUUCUUAUAAGCGGACUGGUAAUUCUGGGGUAUGCAUCCUCUCUUAGUAGCCAUUCCACAUACCAGGGAGUGGUGAGGGAUGUCUGUGGACCAGCAAUUGGAAAACUCUGUGGCAUCUGCUUCAUAUUUAACCUGUUUAUGAUAUCUGUGGCAUUUCUCCGUGUGGUGGAGGAUCAGCUGGAAAAAUUGUGUGACUCAAUGCAUGUGAACCUGACCAUGAAUGGAGUUGGUGAAAAUUUCCAGCCAUGGUACCUGGAUCCAAGAUUAACCAUGAGCCUCCUCUGCCUUCUUGUCAUCCUCCCGCUCUCCAUCCCCAAAGAGAUCAGUUUCCAGAAAUACACAAGUAUUCUGGGCACCCUGGCUGCCGGUUACCUGACAGUGGUAAUCAUUGUGAAGUAUUACCUAAUGGAGCACACUGUAUUCAGGAAACAUGAAUAUACCUCAAAUGUUUCCUCUUUGGCUUCAAUGUUCAGCGUGAUUCCCACAAUCUGCUUUGGCUUUCAGUGCCAUGAAGCUUGUAUCACGAUUUACAGCAGCAUGAGGAACAAGUGCCUGUCUAAUUGGGUUGCCGUGUCUGUGGUGUCUAUGCUGAUCUGCCUUUUAAUUUAUUCUCUGACAGGUAUUUAUGGGUACCUGACGUUUGGAGAAGGUGUAGCAGCUGAUAUUCUGAUGUCUUACCCUGGGAAUGAUGUGGUUGUAAUAAUAGCCAGGCUACUGUUUGCUAUCUCAAUCAUCACCAUCUAUCCAAUCAUACUGUUACUGGGAAGGUCUGUCCUGCAAGAGGUCUGGAUGGACCACAAACAGAUGACUGUAUAUGUGGCUGCUUCUUAUGAGCGCUUUGUACGGGUUACACUGACAGUAUUAUGGAUUCUGGUAACUCUCAUCAUUGCCUUGUUUGUUCCUGACAUCAGUGAGAUAAUUUCCAUCAUUGGAGGAAUAAGUGCUUUCUUCAUCUUCAUCUUCCCAGGGCUGUGUCUGAUAUGUGCAAUGGAAUGUGAAGCAAUGGAUCCAAGGAAAAAAUGGUGUCUAAUCGCCUGGGGGAUCAUUUCUGUUUUAUGUGGAGCCUUCAUAUUUGGUCAGAGUACGACCAUCGCCGUUAUGGAACUCUUGCACAAGUUCUGA